UUACAGUGACACACAUUCCAUUUCCAGGUCACCGUUUUCUUUUUUCCUUCCUCUUUCUGUUUGGUUUUCGGUGGUUGGGUUGAGUGAUCCCAACACAACAAACAAACACCCUCACAAAUCUUCUACUUCGCUAUUCGAUCAUUCCAUUCUAUCUAUCUGCUUUUAUUGCAGAGAAAAAAUAUUGUGCAUUGGACACCCUUUUCAAUUUUGAUUGAAGGAUUCAAGUGAGAUUGUGAGUAGAGGAGGAUGGCUUGUAGGGGUUUCUGGGAGUGUCUUUUAAAGCUUUUGAACUUCUUACUCACCGUUACUGGUCUGGCAAUGGUGGGAUACGGGAUUUAUUUGCUGGUUGAAUUCAGCAAAGCUUCGGAUAGCUCUCUGAAUGUUUCUACUGUCAGUGACGGUCAAACUCUAGUUCAACUUGGUCGACCGUUGCUUAUGGCUGUGCCUCUGUCCGACAGCUUUUUUGAUGAUUUGCCUAAAGCUUGGUUUAUUUACUUGUUCAUUGGAGUUGGGGCAGUUCUCUUUGUCAUUUCUUGUUUUGGUUGUAUUGCAUCUGUGACACGGAAUGGGUGCUGCCUGAGCUGUUAUUCAGUAUUAGUGGUCUUGUUGAUCUUAGUAGAGCUCGGAUGUGCAGCCUUUGUAUUUUUUGACAAAAACUGGAAAGAAGAAAUUCCAAGGGACAAAUCUGGAGAUUUUGAUAUGCUAUAUCAAUUUCUAAGAGCGAACUGGAAUAUUGUGAAAUGGGUUGCUCUUGGGAUUGUUAUCUUUGAGGCUCUUCUUUUCAUCCUAGCUCUUAUUGUUCGGGCUGCAAAUAGGCCAGCAGAUUACGAUAGUGAUGAAGAGUUCAUUAAUCCAAGGCAGCAAGCUCGUCAGCCUUUGCUCAAUAGACCUGCAGGCCCGGCACCAGGUGUACCAGUUACUGGCCCAGUUGAUCAGCGUUCCAGCAGAAAUGAUGCAUGGAGUACUAGGAUGAGGGAGAAGUACGGGCUGGAUACAUCGGAAUUCACAUACAACCCAUCCGAGUCACACAGGUUCCAGCAAGUAAACUCACAACCAACUGAAGAGAGGAGCCGCUGUACCAUAAUGUGAUCAUUUUAGAUUGCUCCAAAGUCACAGCUGGCUGAAUUUCGAAGAUUGUUAUUGUGGGCAAUGAAGUUGAAGCUAGAAAUUUGUCAAAAAAAUGUCUUUUGCUUAAUUUGUCUAUCAAUCCCACUAUACUGGAUCUCCAUCGCUUUUUUCCAUGACAUGAAAACACAUCUUCAUUUUGUUGUGUGUAACAGUUUGCUGAGUGAGAAAUCAUAAUUUAUUAUGUCGUCAUAGUUUAGGGGAGUAAAUGAAGUUGUUACUUGUUAAUCCUAAUGUUGUCAAUAUUUUUGGGUCCGAACCAUUGCUUUAUAUCGCCCUAAAAUACAUCAUCUGCAUUCUGGUGUUUA